AUGGCCGACGAAGUCCAGACCUUCAAGGCUCUCAUCACCAUCCACAAGGUCCUGCAAGAAGGCCACCCCAUCGUUCUGAAAGAGGCUCAGGCACACAUUGGCUGGCUCGAGAGUUUGUCGCGUGGCAUGUCAGGUGGUGAUGGCAUGAAGGGUACGUCUUGGUUGGUCUGCGCAUGCGGUAGACAAGACUGA